CGAAAACGAUCAUCCAACUUGCAUUUUUGCAUCCAUCGGUCUCAUGCUUCCAAUUGGACACCACGAGACUAUCAAAAUAACAUAUAGACACAUAACGUGGCAGAUAUACUGCCACUUUACGUCUACGCGUUUGCGGCUGUGCUCGUGCGUUUUGACUGGCGCUCCAGUAAGAAAAGAGCUCAAAUCUGGAAGGAUGAUCGGGAGGAGAGGCUGGUAAAAAAACUUGGAGUAGCGUGAAAUCGAUCGUGAUCAAGCAUGACUUUGCUGACAACUCGUACGACUUUUGGAGCGAGUCCGUACGAUCAUCGACUAUACAUUUCGAGGAUUGGAACAAUUGGAGCCCUCAUCAUUUUCCCCUUUUCCUCGCCCUCUCAAAAGUAGUGGUAGUAGUAAAAUAGAACAGUAGAAUCCAUGGCGGCCGCCACCAAUUCGAGCUCCAAUUCACUGCUCAGUGCGCUCGACCGGGAUCCUCGCACUGAUCUCCGCCUUGGGCGAGCUCGGAUCCAGUUCGGUGGCCGAUCGGGGAAGAGGCUGUGCACGACGACGAUCAAAUGCGUCCACGAAGGAGAAGAACACGCGAGGAGAUCCGGAAGAACCAGCGACGUCAAUCGCCGCGAGUUCGUCCUGGGAUCAAUCGGCGGAGGGGCAGCCGCCACACUCCCUGCAGCAGGCGCGCUCGCCAAUCCGGUGGAGCUCGGCAGCAUCUCGUCGUGCUCGCCAGCAGAGCUCCCCCCCGGCGCGACGCCAGUGAAUUGCUGCCCGCCGCCAAACUCCAGCCCGAUCGUCGACUUCCAGUACAACACCCGCCUUCCGCAGCGCCUCCGCCGCCCCGCCCAUCUCCUCCGCCCGGACGAGAUCGCCCGCUACAACCGCGCCUAUCAGCUCAUGCGCGCUCUCCCGGCCAGCGAUCCCCGCCGCUUCUCCCAGCAGGCCAACGUCCACUGCGCCUACUGCAACGAUUCCUUCCGCCAGGCCAACAGCCGGAGCGAGCUCCAGAUCCACGAUUCGUGGCUCUUCCUCCCCUGGCAUCGCUGGUACCUCUACUUCCACGAGAGGAUUCUGGGCAAGCUCCUGGGCGAUGACACCUUCGCGCUUCCAUUCUGGAAUUGGGACAACCAGGCCGCCGGAUCGCCGCUCGCGAAUGUGAUCCCCUCCGCCUACCUCAAUCAAGCGCCCCUGAUCGAUUCACUGCGCAACCAGCAGCAUCUCCCUCCCCGGCUCGUGGAUCUGAACUACUCCGGCCAGGACAGUGGGCCGAUCCCACCGGAUUCCACCCAGCGCGCCGAGAACAAUGCCCUGAUGUUCCAGCAGAUCGUGAGUGGCUCCAGGACCCCGAGCUUGUUCUUCGGGCAGGCCUACCGCGCUGGCGACGCCAAUGCCCCUGGCGGAGGAACCAUAGAAAACGCCCCCCAUGGCACUGUGCACGUCUGGACUGGCAGCGCCGCGGCGCCCAAUCGCGAGGACAUGGGGACGCUCUACUCCGCCGCCAGGGAUCCGAUCUUCUUCGCGCACCAUGGAAACAUCGAUCGGCUCUGGGUCGUGUGGAAGACGCUGCCCGGCGGGAGGAGGAGAGACCCCACCGACACCGAUUGGCUCGACGCGAAAUUCCUCUUCUACGAUGAGAAUUCGCGGCUCGUCCGCGUGAGAGUCCGCGAUGCGCUCACGACCGAGCAGCUAGGGUAUUCUUACCAGGACACCGGCAAUGCCUGGGCGAGUGCCAGGCCGACGAUCGUCGCCGGGGCGAGAAAUCUCGUCUCCAAUGCCGCGGUGGAUUCUCCUGCCGUGGCCGCUGCCGCUGGCGACGACGACGACGACGGCAUCGAGGAAUUCGGCGAGGCGACGGAGGGCAGGGUCAAGAAACUCGAGGACGUCUUCAAAUCCAAGGUGAAGCGCCCGAUCAAGGAGGACCUCGCCAAGAUCAAGGAGAAGCUGAGGAUCGGCAAGAAGGAAGAGGAGGAGGACGACGAGGAGGAAGAAGUUCUAGUGAUCCAGGGCGUGGAGAUCGACUGCGAUAGGGCGACCAAAUUCGACGUGUACAUCAACCUGCCGGGCGCGGACGAGAACACGUCGUGUAACGUAGCGGAAUAUGCUGGGACGUUCGUCAACGUGCCGCACUUUGGGGACCGCCGCGGCGGGCCUGGUCACAUGAGGACCACGGACCUGCGGCUGGGAAUAUCCGACACGCUGGACCAGCUGGGCAUAAAAGAUGCCAGGAAUAUUGUCGUGACGCUGGUGCCCAGGGGCGUUGGGAGGCUGGACCCUAUCAAGUUUAAAGGCUUCAAGAUCGAGUAUGAGUGAAAAUGAUUUGUUUUAAAUUGUACUGUAUGUUUUGAUUCUGUGGAAUAAUUUUGUGGAGAGCAUUCCUUCUCAAGGAAGGAUGCUUAUAUA